CGUAGAUAACAUGUGUAUUGUUUACAAUUCAUCUGGGUAGGCAUUUCGGAACAUAGUGAUUUGGUUUGUGUACUUACGUGAAACAGUUAUACAAGAGUGAGACAAACUUUGCUCACAAUGGACGCUGCGAUGUACAUGGCGGUUCAGAACAACGAGCCGACGACGUUACGUCAGUUGAUAGACUCCGGCGCCGACGUCAACGAGUACUACCAGGACAUGACGUUGAUCAGCGCCAAGUCCAUCCUGCACAUGUGUUGUGAGAAGGGGAGAUACGACUGUGUGAAGGUUCUGCUAGAGAGGGGAGCCAAUCUGUACAUCCGCGACACGUGGUACCAGACGCCCCUUAUGUACUGCAUGAUCACCCAGUAUGACGACAUCGCGGCGCUGCUCCUGCAGCACGACCCGGGCAUUGUGGACAUCGGAGACAAGUACGGAAAGAGCGCCAUGCAUAUCGCCGUCGACGUGGGCUCCAUAGACUGCCUCAAGGUUCUGUUACGUUACGGCGCUGACGUCAACGUUCGUAACGAUUACGGAGUGACGCCACUGAUUCACGUCUGCGGCAACAAAUCCCUGGAGGUUGACGUCAUGCUUGAGAUGGUACGUCUUCUAGUGGAAUCAGGGGCCGACCCAAACCUGAAGUGCUAUCGGGAGGCUCGAACAGCCCUGCAGUGCGCUAUGAUCAUCAAGCACGUGGAGGUGGUGGAGACGUUGCUAUCCGCGGGGUCUGAUCCCAACGUGCUUGACAACGGGGGGCGCUGUCCAAUCACCACCCUGCUGUGGUAUCACAGGGCGACAGGCAAUGACGUGGACGAUGACGUCAUGAUUAUCUGCAUAUUGCUUAUUCAGUCAGGUGCGAGUCUGAACCUGUGUCGGUUCGAGCACAGUAACGCCCUUUGUAUGGCAACCUUGUACGGAUACAGCAAACUCGUAGAGUACUUCCUGAACAAUGGAGCGCACCAGAACGCCGGAUUUUACUGCGGAGUGACGCCAUUGCAGAUCGCGACGAGACAUAAGGAUACCCGAAUGAUGAAAAUCCUUCUCCAAUGGCCGAGCGAUCUCUACCGUAAAGGCCGAGUUAUUCGUGGAGAACUCGAUUAUAACUCUGACGUCUUUCACCUCGCUAUUGACAUCGGCGCAUUUGAGGUCGCCAUUUUAUUAGCGGAUUCUGGAUAUAAUGUCACGCGUGUAAAAUAUUUUACAGACUGGUCACAAGCACCGCCGAGUUCGUUCAACAGCGAACCAGUCAUGUUGGACUACUUUCGGCAAAGGGCGUGUUCAGUUCAGAGUUUGUUUAUUUUGACCAUGUUUGCGAUUAGGAAAUCUAUGCCUGGUAAUAUAACAGAAAGCGCGCGAGAUUUGCCACUACCUAAAUCACUUAUUGGCGCCAUACAGCUUGAGAAUGUAUUGACAUGAAAUAGUUUAUAUUAAUUGUUGGUAGAUGAAUUUGUAACGUUUUUUAACAGACAUAUAUUAAAUGGUUUUUUGCCUGAAAUUUGUUGAUAUUAGCGGAUUGAGAGCAUAGAUAAU